UGAAGACAUUGCUAAUGGUUUGUCACUUGAAGUAUAUAAUUAUAUAAGAGUUAAAGACAGAGAAAGUGCAGAUCUGUUCGCCAAUUAUGGAAAGUGAGAGCCAAACACUCAGUCCUAAUGAGUCGUUUGUAGACGACUUUCAAUACGAUAACACCCGAGACCUCGUCGUCACUAUAAUGACGGCCACAAUAUUGGCUGUUCUCACCCUUUGCACAGUUGUGGGCAAUGUCUUUGUCAUCGCAGCCAUUCUUCUCGAACGCAAUCUAAGAUCUGUUGGCAAUUAUCUGGUCUUUUCGUUAGCGGUGGCGGACCUAAUGGUCGCCUGUCUGGUCAUGCCGUUGGGCGCCGUGUAUGUGGUGUCGGGUGAGUGGACACUAGGGGCUGGACUUUGCGAUGUUUGGACAAUUGCCGAUGUAUUGUGCUGUACGGCUAGUAUUCUCCAUUUACUGGCCAUUGCAGUGGACCGUUUUUGGGCCGUAACUAAUGUUGAUUACAUACAUAACCGAAAUGGUCGACGUAUAGGUGCCAUGAUAUUUGGUAUAUGGUUAGUGGCGGGCAUUGUAUCGUUGGCGCCGGUGUUGGGGUGGAAAGACCCGGACUUUUUCCGGCGCAUAGAGGAGGAGAAGUUGUGUUUAAUAUCACAAGACGUCUCAUAUCAAGUGUUUGCCACAUUUGCCACGUUUUACGUUCCCUUAGCUUUAAUACUAGUGCUCUAUUGGCGUAUAUUUCAGGUGGCUCGAAAGCGGAUUAGGCGUAAACCCGGCAAUAAAGUGGUUCUGGCGUUACGGAAGACGUCCGGUUCCACUCGAAGCCUAGCAGUGCCUUCCACUCACGAAUUGGUCACAAACUUCUCGAGCGAAGUGUCCACGUCUUCGCCCAAUGCCAGCCCCGACAGGACCACCAAUAAUAACGGCUCCGUUGGUGACAAAGUCGAUAUAUUGCCUAAAAAACGGUUACAUCAGAGGGAGUCCAUUGAAGCCAAACGGGAGCGCAAAGCAGCCAAAACACUAGCAAUCAUUACCGAUACGAUUUUUAGUCCAGACUUUAGGACAGCAUUCAAGAGGAUGUUAUUGGGAAAGAAGGCCUAUCGCUCUCAUCCAAAGUCACCCCAAAGAGUAUGACUAUUAAUGACUUGAGGAUCACUUCAAUGGCUCACAAAAUACUUAAUUCAUACCAAUGUUUUUUCAUGUGAUAAACCAUUAUAUAGAGAUAUAUAGAUAUACUGUAUAUAAAAACUGUAUUUUAAAUGAAAAUAUUUUUUCGCCGAUAAAAGUUAAUCACAAGAAGUGAUUGUGAAGUGAAACGAGA